CUAUCUCACGUUCAGUACUACACAUUACAACGUCUAAUGUACUAUCACUUCCUGUCUUUAUAAACCAACCAAAAGGGGUAAACGGAACCGAAAGCCGAAGAAACGUCAAUGGAAAACAUGAAUGAUGACCAUAUGCAUGGCAUGAUGAACAACAAAUCCGACGGCGGCUUGACGACGGCGAUGCACCCCCAUAAGAUGAUGAUGCACAUGACCUUCUUCUGGGGCAGCGACGCCCAGAUUCUCUUUUCGGGUUGGCCCGGAACAAGCACCGGCAUGUACGUCUUGGCCCUCAUAGUCGUCUUCGUCCUUGCUUUCACAUCCGAGUUUGUCUCUAACUGUCGGUUGUUGAAACCCGGUUCCGAUAACCACGUGACCGCCGGUCUGGUCCAGACUCUGUUGCACGCUUUACGGGUCGGGCUUGCGUAUUUGGUGAUGUUGGCUAUCAUGUCUUUCAACGGUGGCGUUUUCUUGGCCGCCGUGUCUGGCCAUUUAUUGGGGUUUUUGUUAUUCGGCAGUCAGGUUUUCAAUAAAUCCUCCGCCGAUGUUCCCGCCAAAACAUCCGAUCAUCUUCCUCCUCCGAUGAGUUGUUGAAUUAUUAGGGUUCUUGCUGUCGAUGAGUUUGUUCCCAAAGUACCUGAAGUUUAUGGUUGUAGAUCUAUGCUUUGCUUCAGACUUGUUUUUCAUUUGACAAAAAGGGAAAAGAUCC